AUGGGGCUUCAAUCUUUUCCGAUCUCUGAAAUGGACGCCACCGAUGAAAUGCACGAAGCGAUGUUCGCGAAACGAGGUUGUUGUUUUCUCCUCCCUUGUCUUGGAUCAUCUCAGCCGUCUGGUCCUAACGGAUCUGUGUGGUGGCAACGAAUCAGAACCGUCGAUAAAUUGGAGCCUGAUGAGCGGUGGUGGGUCUCUGGGUGGAUGAAGAUGAGGGAAUGGUCUGAGCUCGUGGCUGGUCCUAAAUGGAAAACUUUUAUCCGUCGCUUUGGACGUAAUCACUGCUGCGGUGGCGUUGACGGUGGUUGUAAUCGGCCGGAGCAUGUUAGUUUCCGGUAUGAUUCGUGGAGUUACUCUUUGAAUUUCGACGACGGAAAACAGACGGGUCAUUUCGAAGAUGAGUUUCCUUACCGUGAUUACUCGAUGAGGUUUACCGCGCCGUCUCUGCCGGUUUCUACUAAAUGCUCCAUUGAUUUCGACAAUGAUAACCACGCGCCGUCGCUGUUUAAGUGAAAAAUGCCACGCGCUUCUCUGUUCCAGUACUGCUCUGUUCUAAAUGGGCUGGCGCUAACGUGCACCGCACUGAUGAAAGGGGAGAGACAUUAGAAGAAAGACUGGAAUUUUUU